AUGAGUACUAUAUUGGAAAAAAUAGCGGCUAUAGAGUCCGAGAUGGCUCGUACGCAAAAAAAUAAAGCUACAGCCCUUCAUUUAGGGUUACUAAAAGCGCGAUUAGCUAAGCUAAGACGUGAAUUAAUUACACCAAAAGGAGGUGGCGGUGCUACUGGUGAAGGUUUCGAUGUUGCUAAAACUGGAGAUGCCAGAAUUGGUUUUGUGGGUUUCCCAUCAGUGGGUAAAUCUACACUUUUAUCCAAUUUGGCUGGUGUAUACUCUGAAGUAGCAGCUUAUGAGUUCACAACGCUGACUACAGUGCCUGGUUGUAUUAAAUAUAAAGGUGCUAAAAUUCAGCUACUCGAUUUGCCUGGUAUCAUUGAAGGAGCAAAAGAUGGUAAAGGUCGAGGUCGUCAAGUAAUAGCCGUAGCUCGGACUUGCAGUCUCAUAUUCAUAGUUCUAGACGUCCUCAAACCUUUGCAACACAAGAAACUUCUGGAACAUGAGUUGGAAGGUUUCGGGCUGCGGUUGAACAAACAACCACCAAACAUACACUUUAGAAAAAAAGACAAAGGUGGCAUCAAUUUAAACACUACUUGCCCCCAAUCCGAACUAGACGUAGAAACAGUGAAGACAAUCCUCUCCGAAUAUAAAAUACACAAUGCAGAUAUCACCCUCCGCUACGAUGCCAACAGUGACGACCUGAUAGAUGUCAUCGAGGGCAACAGAAUAUAUGUACCGUGCAUUUAUUUAUUGAAUAAAAUUGAUCAAAUAAGCAUAGAAGAACUGGACGUUAUAUACAAAAUUCCACACUGUGUACCAAUAUCUGCCCAUCAUAAAUGGAAUUUUGAUGAUUUAUUGGAGAAAAUGUGGGAAUAUCUAAAACUAAUAAGGAUAUAUACGAAACCCAAAGGCCAGCUGCCAGAUUAUAACGCACCAGUAGUGUUACACGCGGACAGGACCAGUGUGGAGGACUUCUGUAACAAACUACAUAGAUCUAUUGUUAAAGAGUUUAAAUAUGCCUUAGUAUGGGGAUCGUCAGUAAAACAUCAGCCGCAAAAAGUUGGAAUUGAUCAUGUACUGUCUGAUGAAGAUGUCGUACAAAUUGUUAAGAAAGUC